AUGACCAGACCGACCUGAUGUCGUCGUAGUAAAAGUCUUCUCUUUCUCUCUCCUCCUUCAAAUUUUUCUCAGUCUCCUCCUCCACCCCCUUCUCUCUUCCGUCGUCAUUUCUAUUCCCCACCCUCACCCCCUCUCCUCCUCGCUCGUUCAACAAAAACAAGACAGUCAAAAUUAGGGCAAACAUUUUUCCCCAAUUCAACACCACAUUUUUGUAAGAUCUUAGAUCUGGAAUAAGGGAGGUGAGUGUGAUAGAUUUUACAAGGUUCGGAUUUCAUAAAGAGAGAGAUUUCUUCUUUUGUUAUUGUUGGUUGAGAUCGUGUGUUGUUGAAUUGGAUCUGAAAAGAGGAGAUGGCCUUAUCUGGUAUGAGAGGUCUCUCCGUUUUUAUAAGCGAUGUAAGAAACUGUCAAAACAAAGAAGCUGAAAGACUUAGGGUUGAUAAAGAACUUGGGAAUAUUCGUACUCGCUUCAAAAAUGAAAAGGGUUUGUCUCCUUAUGAAAAGAAAAAAUAUGUAUGGAAAAUGCUUUACAUAUACAUGCUGGGGUAUGAUGUGGAUUUUGGGCACAUGGAGGCCCUUUCCUUGAUCUCUGCACCAAAAUAUCCAGAAAAGCAGGUUGGGUACAUAGUGACAGCGUGUCUACUAAAUGAGAACCACGACUUUCUGAGACUGGUUAUUAAUUCUGUGCGCAGUGAUAUCAUUGGCCGCAAUGAAACUUUCCAGUGCUUGGCAUUGACAAUGGUUGGAAAUAUAGGUGGAAGAGAGUUUGCUGAAUCUUUGGCACCUGAUGUCCAAAAGUUGCUUAUUUCCAGUAGCUGCAGACCACUUGUUAGAAAGAAGGCUGCACUAUGCCUUCUAAGGUUGUACAGGAAGAAUCCCGAUGUCGUCAAUGUAGAUGGGUGGUCAGACCGCAUGACUCAACUUCUUGAUGAACGUGAUAUGGGUGUCUUGACGUCUGUUAUGAGCCUUCUUGUUUCAUUAGUCUCAAAUAACCAUGAUGGAUACUGGAGUUGUCUUCCCAAAUGUGUAAAGAUCUUGGAGAGGCUUGCUAGGAACCAAGAUGUCCCACAAGAGUACACCUACUAUGGCAUCCCGUCUCCAUGGCUUCAGGUUAAGACAAUGAGGGUUCUUCAGUAUUUUCCAACUGUUGAAGAUCCCAAUACUAGAAGAUCAUUAUUCGAGGUGUUACAACGAAUUCUGAUGGGAACAGAUGUUGUAAAAAAUGUGAAUAAAAAUAAUGCUUCGCAUGCUGUUCUGUUUGAAGCCCUUGGUUUGGUCAUGCAUCUCGAUGCUGAAAAAGAAAUGAUGUCUCAGUGUGUAGCGUUGCUUGGGAAAUUCAUUGCAGUCCGGGAGCCAAACAUUCGAUAUUUGGGACUUGAGAAUAUGACUAGGAUGCUGAUGGUAACAGAUAUGCAGGAUAUUAUCAAGAGACACCAAGCCCAGGUCAUCACCUCAUUGAAAGACCCUGACAUUAGUAUUAGAAGGCGUGCUCUUGAUUUGCUCUAUGGCAUGUGCGACGUUUCCAAUGCAAAAGACAUAGUCGAGGAGUUAUUGCAGUAUCUCAGCUCCGCUGACUUUGCAAUGCGCGAGGAGUUGGCAUUAAAGGCUGCUAUCCUUGCAGAGAAGUUUGCUCCUGAUCUAUCUUGGUAUAUAGAUGUGAUUCUUCAGUUGAUUGACAAGGCAGGAGAUUUUGUCAGUGAUGACAUUUGGUAUCGUGUUGUGCAGUUUGUCACAAACAACGAAGAUCUACAGCCUUAUGCAGCAGCGAAAGCUAGAGAGUAUCUAGACAAGCCCGCUAUACAUGAAACAAUGGUCAAGGUUAGUGCCUAUCUUCUUGGAGAGUAUGGUCACCUUUUGGCUAGAAGACCCGGUUGCAGCCCCAAGGAACUCUUUAGCAUCAUUCAUGAAAAGCUUCCAACUGUAUCGACCCCUACUGUGUCUAUUCUUCUUUCAUCUUAUGCUAAAAUCUUGAUGCAUACUCAACCAUGGGAUCCGGAGUUGAAGGAUCACAUCUGGGCGGUAUUCAACAAGUAUGAGAGUUGCAUAGAUGUUGAAAUACAGCAGAGAGCUGUUGAAUAUUUUGCAUUAUGUAAAAAAGGCGCAGCUUUAGCAGAUAUAUUGGCUGAAAUGCCCAAAUUUCCUGAACGUGAGUCUGCAUUAAUCAAAAAGGCUGAAGACACAGAGGUUGACACUGCGGAACAAAGUGCCAUUAAGUUGCGUGCCCAGCAGCAGAAUUCAAAUGCGUUGGUGGUAACUGACCAACGUCCUACUAAUGCGCCUACGCCUGUUGGAGUUGGUCAGCUUAGCCUUGUGAAGAUGCCUAACAUUAACAGUAGUGUGGAAAAUUUGGCAGACGAAGGAAUGGUCCACACGAACGGGACCUUGACCAAAGUAGAUUCUCAACUAGCCGCGCCGUCUGCUGAUCUCCUUGGUGAUCUUUUGGGCCCACUGGCUAUUGAAGGCCCUCCCACUGUUGCGACCACAACUGAACAAAAUCCAGUUUCCACCUCUCAGGGUGUUACAAGUGCAGCAGAUGCCUUGGCACUUGCCCCUCUUGAAGAACAGCCAAGCUCAAUUCAGCCUAUUGGAAACAUUACUGAAAGGUUUAAUGCGUUGUGUCUGAAAGACAGUGGUGUGCUCUAUGAAGACCCUAACAUUCAGAUUGGGGUGAAAGCUGAGUGGCGUGCUCAUCAAGGAAGGCUUGUUCUUUUCUUGGGAAACAAGAACACGACUGCUCUUGUUUCUGUUCAGGCUAUUAUUUUGCCACCAGCACAUUUAAGGACAGAAAUUGCAGCAGUACCUGAUACCAUUCCCCCAAGGGCACAGGUGCAGUGUCCCCUUGAAAUUGUAAAUCUUCGACCAAGCAGGGAUGUUGCUGUUCUUGAUUUCUCUUACAAAUCCGGAUCUUCAAUGGUCAAGGUCAACCUUCGCAUUCCUGCCAUCAUGAAUAAAUUUAUGCAGCAUAUAUCAGUAUCUGGUGAAGAAUUCUUUCCCCAAUGGAGAUCACUUUCAGGACCUCCUUUGAAGCUUCAAGAAGUGGUUAGAGGCGUAAAACCACUAUCUCUUCCGGAAAUGGCAAACUUAUUCAAUAGUUUUCAGUUGACGGUUUCCCCGGGACUGGACCCAAAUCCAAAUAAUCUGGUUGCAAGUACAACUUUCUACUCAGAAAAUCCGCGAGCCAUGCUUUGCUUGGUUAGAGUUGAAACCGACCCUUCAGAUCGGACUCAACUUCGAAUGACAGUUGCUUCAGGGGAUCCAGCACUUACGUUUGAGUUGAAAGAAUUCAUCAAGGAACAAUUAGUUAGCAUUCCAUUGUCUUCCCCUGUUCCUCCCCCAUCGUUAGGAGUAGCACCUGCACAACCACAGUUGCAACCAACUAUUCCAGUCGCAUCAUCAACAGAUCCUGGUGCUUUACUUGCUGGUCUGCUUUGAGGGACUGGGGUCGAAACUACAUAAUGUGCAGAUUUGUUUACUAAGAUUGUACCCGAGUGAUUCAUCCUUAUUCUCCCAUGUCGGUACCUCAAAUUUGCAGAAUUGUGGGGUAAGGAGGAUGGUACGAUGCUAGGGCUGUCGGAUUAAUGGUGAGCUCAUUCGUCUAUCGGCUAUCUGAUUUGGUUAUUUCAUUUGUCCUUUUCUGAGGUUUGGUUUUGGGGGCCGGCCUAUGUUCUUUGUAGGGAAUAUAUAGGGUUGCUUGGGAAAUUUAUUGUUGGGUGAUUGGGGUCAUAGUUUCCAGGGUUUUUUUAUGGGAUCCGUUCCUCUUUGUAAAUUGUUAUUCAUUUUUCUUCUGAUAAUUUGGGAAUGCGUUAGGGCAGUGUAUGGAGUAUAGUAGUCAAUUUGUAACAGUUUGCGUUUGUGAUCAUCCAUUAUAUAUAAAAUUUAUUUAAUAAGAUCAGAAAAGAGAAGAAAAUUAAAAUUAUUAUCAA